AUGGCCCUUGUCCAACACAAUGGGCAAACAAGGCGAUCGACUAUUAACGAAAAUACUAAAGAAACUGCCAAUGCUACAGAUUUGAAGCUCUGGGUCUUCCGAUUGACGAAUGAUUCCUUUGGAGUUUGUGUAGAAGGAUAUAGAAAAGCUGAUGAAGCUGCUCUCAGACUUGAGAACUGGAGAUCAACAGAGAUUGCGAAGAGAGAAUCAAGUGAUACAGUCAUUACUGGAUCGGGAUCUAAAUAUAGACUCAUUGGAUGCAUUGACGAAGCUGCAGCUCUUCAGCUCGGCUACCCCAAGACUUUGAUAAAUCGCUUUAAGAACGGUUUCCCAUCUGAUUGGAAGAACAUUUUGAAGGAUUAUUAUGAAAAACUUAAGAAGAAGCAGUCACUCAAUGUGUCAACCGUUAACAAACAAUUGGGCGUUUCAGGGAUCGAAUCCUUCUUUACAAAAACUCAGUCUGCACCAAAUAAAGAGAAUGCCAAAACAAAAGUUGUUUCUCCUAAAGUUGUUAGAACUCCUGAAGUUUCGAUGAUAGAAGAGAAAGAUGAGGAUACAGGAACGCCUUUCCGAAUGCCUUGUGCCAGUAGAAUAAUUCAAGAAGACAAGCAAGUGAGACGAAGCCCUAGAAUUGCAAAAGCAACUCUGGAAUUCUGCGAGACUCCAGAGACUAAGAAAAAUGUUUCUGCGACCCCCACUAGUUCCACAAGUACAAGAAGCACCCGACGACUCAGUCUUCCUGGAGGAACUCCACAAUCGAAAACAAAAUCUUCACCAAAAACGAGAGGGCGGAAAUCUUUAGACGCAUGUUCUCCAAGUGUGGAGAGUUUGAGCAAAAACGGAGGUAGCGUUGAGGAGCUAAGUAGCAGGACGAGAACGAAAGUUUUAUCACCACUCGUGGCUAAGUCUGGAAGCAUCGAAAUACUGGCGGUUAAAGAAGCGCCAUUAGCUUCGCCAAGUCUGAGAACACCUCGAAAAAGUGGAAAAAGCGUGGAGAAUCUUGUAAAGAAGGAGACUGAGACAGUAGCACCACCUCCGGUUAUUGCUGAAGUUCCUGAAACACCGACUAAGACGCCUGCAAGAAAAAAAGGCAGACCAACUAAAAAAGUUGAACAGAGUUUGGCAGUUGUCCCUUUCACGUCACAACCGCCACCAGCGCUCUCAGACGAAGAUAGGGAACCUGUAUUCAAAAUGCCUCAGGCUGAUAUAUAUAGAGCGCCAGCUCCAUCGUCCCAAAUAACUCGGUUGAGAGAGUCGUCAAUAUUUUUGUCGGAGUGGUGUUUCACGUUUGUUCCUCAAAACGAUCAGGUUCCGAUUAAAGAUUAUCCUCCAUUCGUAUUAUUCGGUAAGAAUAUAUCAUCUGAAUUCAAUGGAGAGUGGUGCACUUCGAUUAUAGUCAAAGUUUUGGACAAAACGCUGUUCCAAACAUAUAAUGGAAAGUUGUAUUCAGUUUCGGGAUCCAUACAUGAAAAAGCGGCAGCUCGGUUUGGAUACCCCAAGGAAUACGUCGAUAAGUUCAGUCAAGGAUUCCCAGUUUCCUGGAGGAAUGAUCUGAGAUCCAUAUAUGACUUCGUGAAUUCCCGAUGUGUCCGAUAUGAUAAUUUCGACAUUGACGCUUCCAUGGCCUUUAAUCCUAAAGGUCAUUUCAAUGAAACAAGAGCUAAUCAGACAGUUCGGAAUAAUAGAAAUAAUGUGAGGCAAUCAAUGGUACCACCUAAGCCAGCUAAUGAAGCACAAAAAGUUCGUAGAACUUCUAGUGGACGAGUUGUUCACGAGCCAUUAGCUUAUUGGGCCGGUCAGAGGGUUAAAUUCAACAACGAGGGACAAGCAGUAGGCGUGGAGGGUGUUUCUACUAAAACUGUGCACACCGGACAAACACAAGAGCUGAGAGAUGUGGCAGGCGCAUAUGGAUUCAAAGCUCCGAAAGUUAAGAACGUCGAACGUGAUGCGUACCGACAACCUCAUCUAGCUGUAGAGGGAAGUGGACGAAAACGAAAACGACACACACUGGUGACGUACAGUGAUUCUUCUAACAGUGAUGAUCAUAAUGAUCCGUACAUCAACACACUGAAAGAAAUUUCAUACGAGGAUAGCCCUUUGAUACGCAAAAGAGGAAAACCUAAAAGACGUUGUGUUGAUUCGGGCGAUUCUGAUGACGAUCUGCUAGAGCUUGAGCUACUGCGGAAAGAUGUGAUAAAAAGAGAAAAGAGGCGUUUGGCAAAGCGACAGAAAAUUCUAGAAGAUAUGGAGAGAAGGGCGAUGGAGGCAACAAGAAGGAAUAGGCUGAAGAAAGACAAGGAGAAAAAAGCCAGACAGUUGGAUGACCACUUUUUGGAAACUCAGGAAAGAGAAAGGAUGAGAAGGAUGCACGAUGACGUGUAUGAAAGUACAGAGACUGAAGUAUCAGAUGGUGGUGAAUGGGUUAGGUCUCCCGCUUUGAAGGCUAAACGUAAGCAGAAGUUACCCAAACGAAGAUCUAAGGAGCAAUUGGAAAGCGACAGUAGUAGUUCUGAAGAUUAUGAAGAUGAGAGAGAGUCUAGAGUGCCAAAGAAGAUGACAUGGAAAAAAGAAGAUAUCGAGAGACUAAAACUUGCGCUUGCUGCUAUCAAAAUCAAAAGGGAAAGUGACUGGGAGAAAAUUGCAAGAUCAUUAGGUGGCACAUGGAAUCCGAUGGAAUGCAAAGAGACUGCUGAGAAAAAACUAAAAUGGAGCCAAGAUCAACAAACGGAAGAAGUCGAUCUUGGGUAUAUUGAAGUGACAGCUAAACAAGGAACAUUAGCUUAUGAAAUGCAAGCUGAAACUCGGGGAAGACAGUAUAUGAUGGGUGCAGGAUCUCAAGAAGACGAUUUCUUCAGGAAUAAUGACACGGCGUUAAACGCUACCUUCGAGGCUCCUAUCCCUGAUGUAGCCGCUUUUGAUCCUAACGAUUCUUUGCUGUCAGCUAUAAAAACUCCCGUUAUAGUCAAUCCAACGAAGAAAGUUGGACGUAAUCGGUUGGCUUUUGUUCCUGAGGGAUUGAACGACGAUGACAUAGUGUCUUCGAACAGAAGGUCUGCUCGUCUCUCCAUAGUGCCCGAUGAAGCCAGAGAUGACCAGCAGCGAUAUAUGCAUCAUCUGAACAGGCAGAAAAACCAGUCUCAUAAUCAGAGCAAAUUGCAAACGUCUAUGUUCAAUACAACAACAGCUGGUGCAAGAAAGAAAGCUGCUCAAGAUGUAACUAGAAAAAUCGAAGCUAUAGAAAAAGGCGCGAGAGGAAGGAGGAGAAAACAACAAUCAGACAUAUCUGAAGAGGAAGAUGAUUACUAA